CCAUGGCCCUGGCUCUGCAGCUACUGCUGCUGCUGCUGUGGAGGGCUCAGGGGGACCCCGGGGGCAGGCUGUCCCUGGGGAGUCAGCAUGAGCGAGUUUCCUUGGACGGCCGUCCCGGGGACCGGGUGAAUCUCUCCUGCGCAGGGGUCUCCCAUCCCAUCCGCUGGGUCUGGGCGCCCAGCUUCCCGGCCUGCAAGGGCCUGCCCAAAGGACGCCGCCGGAUCCUGUGGGCAUCUUCAAGCGGGACCCCCACCGUGUCUCCUGCCCAGCCCUUUGCCGGCCGCCUACGAGUCCUGGACCACCCUGGUAUCCGGCGGCUAGAGCUGCUUCUGAGCGCAGGGGACUCGGGCACCUUCAUCUGCAGGGGCCGCCACGAGGACGAGAGCCACACGGUGCUCCACGUGCUGGGGGACGCGGCCGACUGCAGGGGGUCCGGGCCCAGCCUGGGGUCCGUGUAUCCCGAGCUCCUGAUCCUACUGCUGGGCGCCGGGCUGGUGCUGGGACUAGGAGCGUUGGGUGCGGUCUGGUGGCAGCGCAGGCGCUCGCCUCCACGCCCGCCGCGGCCACUCCCCAGAUCUGUCCCACGAGUGAAAGCCGAGCCCCAGAGACCAGCAAAGGCCGAGGAGCCCAAGACUGCGGGGGACCUGGACCAGGAGUCGAGCCUGCUCUACGCAGACCUGGAUCGUGUGGCCCUCAGCCAGCCCUGCCGGCUGUCCCCAGUGGUCCCUGCUGACUCCUCCACCAUCUAUGCAGUUGUCGUUUGAAGGAAAGCCCUUACUCCAAACUUCACAAGCUGGGGGCUCCAGCUCUCCAGAACUACCCUCUCCCUCUUCGACUCUCCCCGGAAAAUGAAGGCACCAUAGGAUAGAAAGGAGCACUAGACUGGGAGUCAGGAGACCUGGCUUCCAGGCUGUCUCUGCCACUGAUCUUGCUCCUUCAGCUACCCCACCUCCUAUGCCCUCCAUGUCUCCUUUACCACUGGUGCCCUCUCUAAAGCUCACCGAGACCUGUUCCCCAUCUCAGCCCUCCAAGAGAGUCGCUCCAUCUCUUCCCUCCCUUCCAGUCAAGCUCCUUGAACCAGGGGUUACACCUGUGUCCUCCAUGUGCUUCUGCAUUCUGCUCCCAUGAGGCUGCCAGUGAGGUCCUAAUGGCCACGCCCAGCAGACGUUCUUUAGCAUUCAUCUGGCUUGGCUUUUGAUUACUCCCUUCUUUAAGCUGUUUUUCUUUCUUUCUUU